CACAGCGACUUCCGGUGGGUAAGGCCGGAAGCGGUUGGGGCGGGGCCUGUGCGGAGGCUCCGUGCGGAGGGCGCGGCGGGAGGAUGUGGUUCACGUACGCGCUGAGCUGGGCGGCGCUGCUCAUCCAGGCCGCCUUCGUCACCCUCGGCAUCGCGGCCGGAUUGUACUACUUGGCGGAGCUGAUUGAGGAGUACACGGUGGCCACCAGCAGAAUCAUCAAGUACAUGAUCUGGUUCUCGACGGCGGUGCUGCUGGGCCUGUACCUCUUUGAGGGCUUCCCGGGCCUCAUGGUCAGCGUGGGGCUCUUCACCAACCUGGUCUACUUCGGCCUCCUGCAGACCUUCCCCUUCAUCAUGCUCACCUCCCCCAACUUCAUGCUCUCCUGCGUGCUGGUUGUGCUGAACCACUACCUGGCGUUCCAGUAUUUUGCAGAAGAGUAUUAUCCCUUCUCAGAGGUCCUGGCGUACUUCACCUUCUGCCUGUGGCUGGUCCCCUUCGCCUUCUUCGUCUCCUUGUCGGCCGGGGAGAACGUGCUCCCUUCCACGGUGCAGCCCGGAGACGACGUGGUCUCGAACUACUUCACGAAAGGGAAGCGGGGCAAGCGCUCCGGGAUCCUGGUCAUCUUCUCGUUCAUCAAGGAAGCCAUCUUGCCCAGCCGCCAAAAGAUGUAUUGACCCGGCCUCCUCCCCGGCCCUUCCAUGACGGCUCCACUGGACGUUCCCUCUCCCGAGUCUCCCUCGGACGGACGGAUGGGAAGGAGGGACGGUGGGCUUCUGCGGAGUCGGCCUCCACAAAGGAAGGCGCUGGAGCCGUCGCUGCGCAGAACACUCUGGCUUUGCUGACUAGUUUGGUGUGUCUCCACGGCGCCUUCUAGAACCGCAGGAUCCCGUCGCCGUUCCUGUUAAAGCCAAAACAUACUUUCUGAAAAGGUACUUCCUCCGCGGGCCGCUCUCCGCUUUGUUGCGAAGGCAUUCCGGGCUUUGUGGAGUGGGCUUUGGAGGCUGUCAAUCAAGGAACCCACCCGCAGUUUUCUCAGCGCCUGAAAGCACUUCCUCUUUGACACAGCGUUCCUUUGUCCGUCUUGAGUGGCAUUUCCAGAGACAAGGCCUUGCGUCAAUGGACCCUGUCCGUCCUUGGGAGAGAGGCCUCUCUUUUAGCAGGAAGUCAGCCCUCCUUGAGGAUUCUCGGGGCAAGACUGGCUUCUGUGGACUUGUUUCGUUUCUUAGCAGGCGUGAUCUAGAGGUGACGAUUUGCACAGGUUUCUUAGCCCCCCCCCCCUUUCAAGGCUUGACUCUUCAGAAAGGAAGCCCUGGGCAGCCCCCCCCCCUUGCCAGGGCCCCCUCCUCGCCUGGCGCAGAGGAGGCAGAAGGGGCUGCUGCUGGCGGGCGGGAACGGGUCCGCAAAGGGUGCAGAACCGCAGAACUGGGACAGUCCUCUCCCUGCUCUGGGUCGGGACGUUCAGGGAGGCCCCUGAGCAGCCAGGAAGGGGGGGUUCCCGGGAUCCCUCCCACACCAGAUCUCCUCCUUUCUUACGUCAGUCGAGAUUCGGCCUCUGUUUUAGCACUACAGGCUCCGUGUUAAUAAAAAAUACGAGGCAGUCUUUGCCUCGGAAGCAAAGACAGA